CGAGUCCGGGCGUGUGAGUCAUAUUUUUCAAGUUGCAUAACCUUCAGAGGCCUGGAGAGGGGCUUUCGCAAUUUUUCGAGUAAACAAAUUUGGAAAUAGAUAAUUCACGUGAAUUUCUUGCUACUAAUUUCCCCUUGACUUCCGGGUGAAAUGAAGAACAAGAAAGGACACAAAACGAGGAAACAAUUAUUAGCCGAGAAAGAGACAGCGGCGAAACGUCUCGUGGAAAAGGCGAAUGCCCAGGAAAAUCCUUUGGAUGCUGUAGAAAAUUUUCACAGCUACUGCACACCAGACGGUACAGAUGUUAAAUUACGAUGUGAGAGAGUGGGAAAUCUUCCUGAAGGAGUUCUACCCUGGGUAUUCGACCUGAUGGAGAGAAAUGUGAAGGCAAUGUACGAAAAAUCGAACUGGGGAUGGAACGAGAGUUCCAAGAGGAAGGAAUUGACAGAACCCAGUGCCUGGUACCUCACAGCCAGUGUUGAUGAUCAACUCGUGGCAUUUUCACACUUUCGUUAUGAUCUGGAUGAUAAAGUCGAAGUUGUCUACUGCUACGAACUGCAGUUGGAGUCCAGAAUCAGGAGAAAGGGACUGGGUAGAUUCAUGAUGAAGUGUUUGGAGGGUUUGGCUGCUGCAAGUGGCAUGAAAAAAGUUGUUUUAACUGUUUUCAAACACAACACCGAGGCGAGAUCUUUCUACGAAGCUCUAGGUUAUAAAUUGGACAGGACAAGCCCGGCGGACUGGGAGAAUCUGGACUACAUAAUCAUUAGCAAAUAAUUUUUUCUACAUUCCUCUUCCAAUUUUCUACAAAAAUCCAACAACUGAAUAAAUCGAGAAAUUUUUCUCGUAAAGAGAAUCAUCAAACACUGAUUA